GGGCAUCCAUAAUCCUGUAGGCAGAAACAUUCACAAACUGUUGAGUUUUCUCAAUGGCAAUGGAUACAGAGAAGAAAAUACGGCUUAAGAGAGAACUUGGAUAUUUCUGGGGGACAAAUUUUUUAAUCAUUAAUAUAAUUGGGGCAGGAAUUUUUGUGUCCCCCAAAGGAGUACUGCAGUACUCUUGCAUGAAUGUGGGAAUCUCCUUGUGUAUCUGGGCUGCAUGUGCGGUGCUGUCCUUGAGCAGUGCUCUCUGCUUCGCAGAGAUCGGGAUAACCUUCCCAUACACCGCGGCUCACUAUUAUUUUCUCAGGAGAUGCUUUGGCCCUGUGAUGGCAUUCCUAAGACUUUGGACCGCCUUGUUUCUGGGCCCAGGAGUACUUGCUAGCCAAGCUCUGCUACUUGCGGAGUAUGGCAUUCAGCCUUUCUAUCCCAGUUGCUCUGCCCCGAAUCUACCCAAAAAAUGUCUGGCCUUGGCGGUGCUGUGGAUUGUGGGGAUUUUGAAUUCUCGUGGUGUGAAGGAGCUGUCAUGGCUUCAGACAGUGAGCACAGUGCUGAAGCUAGGCAUACUCGGCUUCAUUUCCUUUAGUGGGGUGUUCAUACUGGUGAGAGGGAAGAAGGAGAAUGUGCGAAGACUUCAGAAUGCUUUUGACCAGGAGGUUCCAAAUGUCUCUCAGCUCACAGAAGCUAUCUUCCAAGGAUACUUUGCAUUUUCUGGUGGGGAUUGCUUUACAUAUAUAACAGGGGAGAUGAAGAAACCCAGCAAAACAAUUCCUAGAGCCGUAUUUACAGCGCUGCCUCUGGUAACUAUGGUGUAUUUACUGGCUAAUAUUUCCUACCUGACAGUUCUGACACCCAGGGAAAUUCUGUCUUCAGAUGCUGUGGCUCUUACCUGGACUGACAGGGUCAUCCCCCAGUUCACAUGGACUGUUCCUUUUGCUAUCUCUGCAUCGUUGUUUAGCAACCUUGUGAUUAAUGUAUUGGAGACAGCAAGAAUAACAUAUAUUGCAAGCCACCAAGGCCAGCUGCCACUGGUACUUGGUACCCUUAAUGUUCACUCCUCUCCCUUCCUAGCUGUGCUUCUAGAUGUCUGUGUGGGAUCCGUUGCAAUUAUCUUAACAAAUCUAAUUGACCUGAUAAACUAUCUCUAUUUUGUUGUUUCUCUUUGGACUUUCUUAACAAUUUUAGGAAUCCUGAAACUGAGGUACCAGGACCCGAAUCUACACAGACCAUAUAAGGUGUUGUUACCAUUUAUAUUGAUAGCCCUGGCCAUCACCCUGUGCUUGGUUUUGAUUCCCCUUGUCAAGUCUCCAAAGAUGCAUUACAUCUAUGUGUUCCUCUUCGUCCUCAGUGGACUGCUGUUGUAUGUGCCAUUUAUACACUUUAAAGUGAAGCUGGUUUGGUUUCAAAAGUUGACUUGCUUUCUGCAGCUGCUGUUUAAUAUUUGCAUCCCCGAUGCAUCUGAUGAUCCCAUAUGGGAAGUAGAAAAUUGAAAAAGAAUAGCCUUUUAUAACUGCAGCAUGUUCCACAGAAAGGUUAAGUGGAGGCUAGGAGAG